AUGUUGCUAGCAAUGGAUCCAUCAAUUAUUAGUACUGCACAAAUAGUGAAUCUCCGGAGAUUCUUUCCUCUGGCCUAUGGAACUCUUUCAUUCAUCGGACCGUUUACAAUUCUCAUUUUCAAUAAAGAUGUAUCUAAAGAAAUGAAACUGAUAGUAUUUGGCAAGAAAUUGAAUAUUGCUGAUUUCAUUUCUUUGGCGUUUUAUACAAUAUCCAGAGUAGCCUUCGUUCUGACUCCUCAUAUAAUUUUCAAUCAUCCGGAGUUCGGAUAUGCAGCAAUAUACUAUAAUGGUCUCUACUGGUGCAUCGUUUUUCGAGUGAACGGAAUCCUUUUCAUGACAAUUCAUCGAUUUUUAAUUAUUGUUAAGCCACUUUGCAAAUACAUCCAGCAAGCGAAACCGUGGACGAUUUGGAUAAUGUACUGGAUUCCAUCUGUCGUUUUUAGUGCCGUAUGUUUUCCAGACACUGAAAUCAGCUUCGAUUAUCCAGAGAAUAUGGCGUUGGUUAUGGAUUCAGCUAUCAUUAGUAAAGCGACCAGAAUUUCGUUCAUUUAUUUGUUAUUCUCUUGCUCAGCUUGUGUCAUCUCAUAUGGACUCAUGAUUAAAUUUAUUCGAGAUAAAAGUCAUUCGAUGUCCAAGUCUUUACGCAGAGAAAUUCGUUUGGCUUUUCAAGUUUUCUUAUCUUUUGCUGCUCAAGUCAUAUUACUCAUCUAUCUUUCUUGCUUAAAUGUUUUUGCGGUUAUGGAUAAUAAAGAAGGAAUAGUGAAAACUAGGAAAUACUAUCCUCUUGUUUACGGAAUCCUAUCUUUCAUUGGACCAUUCACAAUUCUCAUUUUCAAUAAUGACGUGUCUCGAAGAAUACAGCUGAUAAUUCUAAGAAAUCGUAUGGUUAGGAGAGUUGAAUCAUUGACUACAUCUACAUCAAGAAAAUUAACAGAUUUCCCAACGACAAGAUUUUGA